AAAGUGUUUCUUUAAGAAAAAAGAGAGAUGAUGAAAAGGAAAGAAGAAAACAUAGCCUGGAAAGAAGGUAAGUUUGUCUGAAGAGAAGGGGGCACUCAAGUAAGUGGCCUUUGUCAGAUUUCGCGUGGAUUUCUACAGAACAACCUUUACUCUUUUCUCUCUCUCAAUCUCUCUGGCCUCUUCUUCUUUCUCUCUUUCAGCUCUGUUUGGCUCUUUUCUCCUUUAAUUUCAAAGAAAAAUAGCAUCAGUGUUUUUAUAACGAGAGGUCACUGUUUGAUCUCUUGAGAAUAAUCUUUUAUCAUAAACUCUGAUCCUGGGUCGUCCUCAACACAAAGAAAGGCUUCUGCUUUGUUUUUCUGGGUUUGUAGCGCCAUUUAGUGUUCAUGGGUUUAAAGUUCAAGAACAGAGCGCAUUCAUACUUUUGAUGUUACCAUUGGAUUAUCAGUAGAUUUUGGUGGUGGCUCCUAUCAAGAGACUUUGCAGAAAAAAACAAGAAAGUGUUCUCUUUGAGAUGUGAGUAAGAGACCCUUUCACUUCAAGAGUCUUUGUUCCUCUGUUUCUAACUCCGCAGAAGCGUUUUGAGAGAGUGUAAACACAUUUUGAGUCUUUUUAAACUCUCUUUGAGAUCUCAACAUCAUGAAGUUCAUGAAACUUGGAUCCAAACCUGACUCCUUUCAGUCUGAAGGAGACAAUAUUAGGUAUGUACCAAGUGACUUAGCAACAGAUGUUAUUGUAAUCAUUGGAGAUGUCAGGUUCUAUCUCCACAAGUUUCCAUUGCUGUCCAAAAGCGCACGCUUGCAGAAACUAAUCGCAACAACAUCAUCAUCCAACGAAGACAAUGAGAUUCAUGAAGAAGAUGAGAUUGAAAUAGCAGAGUUCCCUGGUGGUCCUGCUUCGUUUGAGAUCUGUGCUAAGUUCUGUUACGGUAUGACCGUUACUCUAAACGCUUACAACGUAGUCGCUGCUCGCUGCGCAGCUGAGUUUCUUGAGAUGCACGAAACCGUCGAAAAGGGAAAUCUUGUUUACAAGAUUAAGGUUUUCUUGAACUCGAGCAUACUCCAAACAUGGAAAGAUUCCAUCAUCGUGCUUCAGACCACAAGAGCUUUGUCUACAUACGAUGAAGAGUUGAAACUAACGGGGCGUUGUCUAGACUCCAUCGCUUCUAAAGCUUCGAUAGAUACUUCGAAAGUCGAAUGGUCUUAUACUUACAGCAAGAAGAAGAAUCUCGACAACGGGUUGGGAAAGCCACAGGCUGUUCCUAGAGACUGGUGGGUGGAGGAUCUUUGCGAUCUUCAUAUCAGUUUGUAUAAACGAGUGAUCUCUACGAUAGAAGCAAGAGGGAGAGUUUCAUCUGAUGUUAUAGGUGAAGCAUUGCACGCGUAUGCGAACAAAAGGGUUCCAGGGUUCAGCAAAAGUAGUAGCUCCGUACAGAUCACUGACGUUUCUAAAUACAAAGCUUUGGUUGGUUCAAUCAUUGAGCUGAUUCCUGACGAGAAACAAAGCGUCUCUUCGAGUUUCUUGACUAGGUUACUGCGAGCUUCCAUCUUUCUUGGCUGUUAUGAAGAGACAGGGUUGAUGAACAGAGUGGGCGAGCGUCUAGAUGAGGCGAGUUUAGGUGAUGUUAUGCUCUAUGAUGUUGACUUGAUGCAGAGCUUAGUUGGAGUUUUCUUGAAAUGUCAUCACUCUGAAGAGGAUGAUAUAAAGGCGAAAGCAUCGGUUGCAAAGCUUGUUGAUGGCUAUUUAGCUGAGAAGUCGAGGGAUUCAGAUAGUUUGACACUUCAGAAGUUCUUAUCACUUGCGGAGAUGGUCUCAAGCUUUCCAAGACAGUCUCAUGAUGGAGUUUAUUGCGCUAUCGACAUGUUUCUUAAGUUACAUCCAGAGAUUAGCAAGAGUGAGAAGAAGAGGCUAUGCAGGCUAAUGGACUGUAGAAAACUAUCGGCAGAAGCUUGUGCGCACGCUGUCCAAAACGAGAGGUUACCUAUGCGAGUGGUGGUGCAAGUGCUCUUCUUUGAACAGGUAAGAGCUAACAGCAACGGUUCAUCAUCGACCGGGGACAGCACUCCAGAGAUCACUCCAGCUUCGAGAUCAACGAACACUGAAGACGACAGAGAGAGUUGGGACACUGAAGAUAUAAAAGCAUUGAGAGGAGAGUUAGCAAGUCUAAGACUGACCAAGAAUCAACAGCAAGAGAAUAGUAAAGGGAAGCUGGUGAAAGGAGGAGGGCUGGGAGUUUCUAGAGUGUUCUCUAAGCUUUGGUCUAGUAAAGAGAGAGGUGGAGAGAUGAUGAGUAGCUCAGGGACUUCGAGUCCUGGUUCUGUUAAUGAUGACUCCAAGUCUUCUUCUUCCACAAGCAAAAAGCAUUAGAGGAAGCAGAAACAAGAAAACAAGAUUUUUAGGUUGCCAAAAUGUUCAUGCAAUGACUAACUCUUUUCACUUUGUCAGAUCCAACUUCUCAUUUUGUUGUAUUUUGAUUCUCUUUGUGGUUUUCUUCUUCCUUAAAGUGGGUAUGAUGGUUAGAUCGGUUUUAAAAUGGAAUUGUUAAAAAUGGUUCUUGAAAUAAUAAUAAAAAGAUGGUUGUUAUAAAUCAA